CCUCUUGUCCUCCCCCUCCCCUCGACGUCCGCCAGUGUCGCAACAGCAAUGCCGUCCCACAGCAACUGGACCGACGGUCUCUUCCUCAAGAUCGUUAAUGUGGUCGCAUACUUCCUCUUCCUCGGCUCGAACGUGUACACCGUUGCUGCACCUUCGGACAUCUACUACUACGGCAAAGACACCUACGUGACCCCCGCGCCAUGGGCGUUCCUCAUCUGGUCCCUCAUCCACCUUCUCCUCCUCGGAACCGUGAUUUACCAGUUCUUCGACGGCGGCAAGCAAGUCAUCAUUGACGGCAUCUCCUGGCGCCUCCCCCUCCUCGCCGUCCUGAACGCCAUCUACGUCAACGUGUGGGCGAGGCACUACUACGUCGUCGCCUUCGUCUUCUCCCUGUUCGUCAGCUCCGCAGUGACGCACAUCUACUACGUCGUGAAGAAGUACCAUGAGCCGCAGAGCACUGCGGAUGAGAUCUUCGUCCACUUGCCGUUCUCGCUCUACCAUGGCUGGACCACUGUUCUCGUCAUCCUGACCGCGUUCGAGGCAUUCGGCAAGAACGCGGCCGUCGAGCCCGCCGGUAUCUGGACCAAGGUCUUCGCCUUCCUCGCGUUCUUCUUCCUCGAGGCCACCGCCGCGACCUACGCGUUCUCGUCCGCCGAGGGUGAUCUCCCCGCCAGCAUUGCGAUCGCGUGGUCGCUCUGGGCGAUCUUCGCGCGCCAGCGCCACCCCGCGUUCAUCCACUGGUCCGCGCUCGCCUUCGCCAUCCUCUCCCUCGUCUGGGUCGUCAAGGCUGCGAUCGGCGUUGGCCUCAAGCUCCGCCGUGGCGGCCGCGGCAUUUCGCUCGACGAGGAGCGUGCCCCGCUCAUCAACUAGUCGAACAGCGUAUGCUGCUUUCGCCUUCGCAUAACGGAAAACACGACCGGCACGAAAAUAGUCACGAACAACGAACAUUCUUCCGCACAUCCACAGUUGAUCACAUGCGCUCCUCUUAACUUGUACUUAAUCGAGUUUCGCGUCGUGCUGAUGAACAUACCUCCAGUAUCCUAUCUGUACUUGUAACGCUGCAUUGCGCCACUGUUUUGGAAUCUAUCGCAAUUCUCGUGUUUCGUCCAUUCGCGCGUGCUACAUACCCGGUACCGAGGCUAGCUAGCGUCGAGGUCCGUCACCAUCACGCCGCAGUCAGGUCUAAUUCUACAAGAUAGGCUGCGGCCGAUGUUUACUGUAGGUUGAAUAGCGCUUUGAGAACAUGUGGGGCCGAUGAACCAUGCAUGACGCGCAGUAUAUCGCGAAGCUAAUAUACGAACACACUCAGGAGUUGCUCAGGAGGCACCCGAGUGGGCCACUCACGGAGGAGCGAGCCUAAACAGUGCCUUCGACAUGCCCUCCAGCAGGUGCUCGAUGCGGCCCAUCCUCUCCGAGUACGACGCAACCUUGUCUUCGAGCGCGCGGAGCCGUUCCUCCACGCCUUCCGGCUCCUCCACGCUGCACUCCGCGGGCGACAGGCACCGGACGAGGGUGUGCUGCGGGGUGUGCGUUCCUGCGGAAAUGCCUCCAGUAUGUUCGUCGCAUGUGGCGCAGAUAUAGACGUCCUCCGAACCGCCUGUGCAGUCCAAACAGGCGAAGAAAGGAUACCCCACGACCGCAGAGCAGGACGCACACCCCAGCCGACCUCUCUCGCCCCCCUCAUCUCCCUCAAGCGCCUCGUCUGCGCGCGCAGUCGCCGCCUUCGCACGUCGAAUGAGCUCGGGGAGCUCGCGCUGCCAGAUCACCAGGCCACGGAUCUUGAGCAUGUCGUGUGCGGGUCGGUGUACGGCGGCGCCCGCAGUGAACGUCGCGCCCCUACACCGCGGCGUCUCGCAGACGUCGAUGGGAGUGUCGGCUGCGAUCGAGCAUGGGAUGCACGUGUAGCGCGCGUCGCGCGGGCCGUGCGUCGCGCCGCAGAAGUCACAGAAGUAGUAGUAGUGCAUUUCGGCGGAGGCCCUGUUGCGGAGCUCGAGCACGAUGUGGCAGAAGCACGCCUCGUCGAACGUGAACGACCGCUCGAUCUCGCUGAGGCGUCCGCGGGGAGUGUGGGCUGUGUCUUCGGAGCUUGACGUAUCCGUGCGCCGCUCGGGGCUCAGGCUGGUACUUGGGGCGAGCAAGUCGAGGUAUGCGUUCCAUCUCUGGAUGAAGUCCUUGAUGUACCGCCAUGGCUGCCCCCUGCGGACCUGAAGAAUAGUCGCGUCCAGCGCAAAGCGCCAUAGGGCCUUGAUUUUGUUCGGCCCCGCCUUGAGGACCCGCGGGCGCGGCCGCACAGUGAGCAACUCCGGCGACGAGCGCGUGAAGUAGAACUCGUCUGUGGACUCAGCCAGCUCGCCUUCGACUGCGCUCCACACGCCAGACAUCGACUGGCCGUCCUCGGAAACUGUGCCCUGGAGGAAGCGAUGGCAUGUUUGAACUCCGACGAGCUCCCAGUGGGCCGUAAAUCCAGCUCUGCCGUCUUUGCGGGUUGCGCACUGAGCCGUGAUGGUGUAGGAGACCCCCGCGGCGGUUCGCGAUCUGGACGAGAGCGCGCCUGGGCCGGACGCGUGGAGGAAGAACGAGAUCAUGGCGGAGUCGGGCCAGUCUUUGCCGUGUCCAAAAAAGCCAUGCCAUCGACCAAGCAUGGAUUUGAGAGCGCCGUCGGGCUCCAGCAGGUCGGUCUCCGAUAGCGAAUCUCGCGCCGUGACAGAUGGCCCUUCGGCAGGGGCGGACAGAGUGAGGAUUUCGC